CAAAAUUCAGAGAAAAUAUCUCAGAAAAAUGUGUUUACAAAUCUCAUACUACUUAGCAUGCGGUUUCGUCGCAUUGUCAUGACGUAUCUGUUCGAACAGACAUUACAAUCUAUCCAAGAGCAUUAGAGCAAGUGAGAAGUCAUUUGUGUUGCUGCAUACGUAAGAAAAGCGUCCAUAGGACGCAAUUUAUUUCGGUACACCAAACAUGGCGACCGCAUACAUGCUGAGAAAAUCAUACAUGUUAAGUUGCAACUAGUUAUGCCUGACUAUUUUGGAAAGCGCAGUCAGUCUAGCAGUCUACGUUAUAUACCUCUACGGUACAUAUUUUAUAUUCAAUGGCAUCUUCCAUGAGUUCGCUAGAAGUGAUUCAGAGAAAAAUAGAUGAGGUUAAACAAUUUCUAUCUGUUUCGGUUAGCAUCGCCAAUGCCCAUACGGUGGAUUUUUACACUUUAAAUAUAUGGGAUAAGUUCGUGGCAUUGCCUCCUGAAGAUGUCUUGACAGAAAUCACUUCGAACGGUGACCACAAGAGAGCGCAAAAAGAUAACUUAAACCAUAGCAAUGAAGAAAAAACAAAGAGCAUCUUUGGUUUCUGCCAUGACACUAAGCGACUGGUGGAUGUUGUUGAGCUCCUGGAGGCCGCCAAUGCCCACUCCCUAUCUGGCCUUGGGGUCUGUGUAAGCCUCGCGGAGCUACUGCAAUUCCUCAACACGUCACCCCUGGACCAAGCAGGCAGCAGUUCACUGACAUUGCACAUGUGUCCAUUGACAGUUAAAGUAGCUGUGACGGGGCCGGAUGAGUUCAUGAACGCGAAGAAGUCCCAUGAGGUGGAAUCCAUGUCAGAGGUGGUGGCAUGCCUAGCCCAAAGCUGCCAGGUUGAGCAGGUGAUUGACGUUGGCUCGGGGAAGGGCUAUCUGUGCUCCUUCUUGUCAAUGCAGUAUGGCCUCCAGGUGUACGGUAUUGACUCAUCCAGCGUCAACACGCACGGUGCCCAGGAGAGGAACAGGAAGCUCAAGAAGUACUCCCGGGCUUACCAAAGACACAGCAAGGCCAAUAAGACUCAAACAGUAGAGCCCCCUUCAGGACUGGAUGACCUGGAGGCUAUUGCACCCAGGGAGAGAUGCAGAAAGCACGUGGUUUCGAUAACUCAGGAUGCCAAGGACAGGAGAGAAGAUGCUGAGGCGGAGGGGAGGCAACACAGAGAAGAACAGACAAACACAACUUGUUUAAAAGAUCGUAUCAAGGACGACCACAUUACAUCACUGACCUCGGCCAUUCUGUUAGCGGACAAUUCCUUACCCGAGGUGGAGCCAACCGACCCAGUCUCAGCUCCAGAGGAUCCCUUCCUCGGUGCUCUGUGUGUCGGCAUGGUGGAGGCGGGAUCCCCACGGGUACCCCCCAGUGAGCUGAGCGUGGAGGAGAGGGAGAGGAGGAAGAGAGAAAACAUCGAGAGGAAGGCCAGGAACUGGGUCAACAGUGAUGGAAUGAGCGGCGGCAUCCUGUACUCACCUCUGACUUCUUAUGUUACCGCAGAGACGGAGCUCAAGGAGAUUAUCGGUGAACUGAAGGAUGCGGUCAUGGUUGGCCUGCACACGUGUGGAGACCUGGCGCCCAGUACCCUGCGCAUGUUUGUGGCCAAACGGGAGCUCCUCUCCGUCUGCAAUGUAGGCUGCUGUUACCACCUCCUUUCUGAGGAGUUUGAUCCCACCAGACAAGAGGGUCCGGGCGGCAGUGUGUAUGGCUUCCCCCUGAGUCGGUUCCUAAGGGAGCAGUCCUGGUUCUGUGGCAGAAAUGCCAGGAUGUCUGCGUGUCUGUCUUUGGAGAGAAUUGUCCAGGGCCAAGGGAUUCAAAUGGAGUCACUCUUCUACAGGGCAGUCCUGCAUGUGAUAUUAAGGGACCACUACAGUUCCUUUAAAAGUGAGAAACGUGUCGGGAACGUCUACUCCAAGGCCGCCUCGUUUGUGGACUAUGUCCGAAGAGCGCUCCGGAGGCUGGAUCUGGAUGAAUCAAAGCUCUCAGACAGUGUCAUACAGGGCUACUAUGACACAUACCAGCCCAGAAUGGUUGAGAUGGAGGCAUUUAACAUGCUGAAGGUGAUGUUGGCUCCCUGCAUUGAGGGCUUGAUUCUGCUGGACCGCCUCUGCUACCUCAAAGAACAGGAAGACGUGACGUUCUCUGCUCUUGUGCAGCUCUUUGAUCCCCUGUUGUCGCCUCGCUGUUAUGGGAUUGUUGGAGUGAAGGCACCUGGGACAGCAUUGUAGGGGUGGCUCAAACGGCUUUUUCCUGACUUCAGGAAAAAAUAAGUCUUUGAUCAUAUUUUUUUUUCCUGACACGCAUGAUUUUAGCCAUGUUUUAAUAUGAUUAUGCACACCUUACCAAGUCACAUACAAACAUGGGAAUGCGAUACAUCUGUUCUCUCUAAUGAUCCUUUUUCUGUUUUCUGCUAGUCAUACUGUACUUUGGGGUGUACUGUACCAUACCAUAUUAAUAAAGACUUAUUAGAAAAAUUACAAAAUACCAGUGGAU